CCCGACUCUCUUUUCAAGUGACCUCGCUCGGUUACUUAUUCCUUGGAAAUAAUAGCCUCUCUGGGAGCCUGCCCACUCAAAAGAGCUCAUCCCUUCUCAAUGUGUAUGCUCAUCUGUUUGCUCAAUAUAUUAUUGACCAUCCCUGUUUUUGUUAAAUUGCUUGUGUUUAACGAUUAUGUGAAUAUUCGUUAAAUUGUCAGAAGUCUAAUUUGCAUGUAUUUCUCUUCCUUUAAUUAAUGGAUACCUCUCACUGUAUUUUAUUUUCAUGCAGAGAUUUAUCCUAUAAUAAACUUGCAGGAAGUUUUCCUUCUUGGAUUAGCCAGAAAAAUUUACAUCUGUAUGUUCAAAGAAUGCAAUGCUCCAUUUACUUUAUUUAUUUAUUUAUUUUUCUUAUUUUCUGGAAAUAAAGGAAAAAGCAAAUGAAACCAAUUUUUUUGUGUCCUUCCCUUUAUAUAUAUAUAUAUAUAUAUAAAUGCUAUUGAGCUGGUGAUACAAAUUAAGAGUUGCGUGACAGUUUUGCCGUUGGAUAUAGCUAACAUGCAUAUUGCAUAUUGCCUUUUGUGCUGCUGGAUAUGUUUCAUUUUUCUUGUUGUUUUGAACAUGCAUAUUGCAUGACAUCCAUGUUCUGUAAUUUUACAACAAUAAUGUUCUUUCUUUCAGUGACCUUCAGCAAAUAACAUCACUGGGAGGCUGUCAGAGUCACUAGGCAAUCUGAAAAACGUUACUUGUGCGUCAUUAUUAUUUUCUUGCUCUAAAUAAUAAAAAGAAGCUUAGUUCACUCACACAUGAUACACUUGUGUGUCUGUGUAUAUAUAUACCUACAACACAUCUUAAUAUUGUGUAAUUAAGAAGAUUUGGAGAUUGUACAUGUGUGGAUAUAUAUGAAGAUGAAAGCUAAUUGUUGGUACUGCAUAGUUUUGCUUGUUUUUCUGCAGGUGAUAAUGAUGAUGAUGAUGAACACAAUGCCAAUUGUUGCUCUUGCUGCUUUUGAAGAAUAUAAUAAUGCUUCUGAUGUUAUUGGACGAUAUGAGAAUUGGUUGCUGGCAUCAACUUUAAUGGCUAGGAAGAGAUGUGGUCGAAUACCCACUCCAAGCCGAUAUCUUGGUGCGAGGACCUUCCAUUCUCGACGUCAGUCUCCAAGUGCUUCGCCAUAUUAUAGAAGCUGUUACAGAUCAUCAAGCUAUACAUGGAAAAUUUCUCCAUUAGAAGGAUGGAAUGAACAUGGAGACACAAUGAUCGACAUUGAGAAAAUAUGAUUCAGAAAAAUAAACUACUCAGUAAUUUAUUGCUUCUAUCCCUCCAGAGGUUAUAAGUAAGUUGGAAUGAAAGAGUAGAAGCAGCAGAACUAGUACAUCCUUUCGCUCUUACUAUCUCAAGGUAUUCAAGUAAAUUUUGAGAUAGCUCUUUGUACUUCACAUGCUAUUAUCAGGACGGAGGAAGUUUUCUUCCCAUGCCCCUCACACUUCAGAGGAUAUUAAAUAGCCUCAACCUUCAGCCCAAUAGGAAGAUAUGGGUGUCGAUAAAAUUACAACAAAAUGAAUGUAAUAUUUUGGAUCAUUACAUUAGAUAUUUUUAUAACUUUUUGUUAUAUUAGAUGUUUAGACUAUUAUAUUUUGUAUUGGAUUGUCUUAUUAAA